CAUUACGCUGCAUUUCCUUCGCAACAACUCCGAGUUUGCACCUCUCCGGUGUGAGUGUUUGCUGGUGAAUCGAAACGGAACCGUCCACUGGCAAAGCUGUCCCCUGACAACGGCAAAAUCAACAUUGAUUUUUCUACAAUAUCGUGACGCUUUUGCUCACGAUAAAGUGAAGCUAAUCCGCGUGUUCAUGUGGUGUAAAGGGAGCAUCAAAGAAUAAGGUGUGAAUUGGCUACAGCUCUCCAUCUGUUGUUCUUUUCUUGUGUUCUUCAAGCAUGGCCCAUUAUAACCGAAUCGCUGAUACAAGAUGGUACGGUCGAUAAGGCAAGGCGCCCCUCUUCCAGCGCAUACAAUUUACUCAUGUUUUGCGCCCUCCACCGUGCUCGGUGUGCAUUUGCCGUGCGAUUCCGUCAUACUGCGUAGUUCGUUAGAAUGGAUGCACCAAUUACGCACAACAAGCCUGUAGCAUUCGUUGGUCGUUCGAAAACGUAGGAAAAUCGACCAUGCAAACUGCAAUUUUUCCCUCAUUUGAUACAGUUGCCAACCACUUUGUGCAUGGUCUCGGUUAAACGUUGAUGCAUGUUCAGAUGAACAAUAUUCAAUACGUUCUUUUCUACCCAUACUGUCUGUGUUGGAUCAGUGUGUCAAAAAAAAUAAUACCCGGUUUCGUCAGCUGCUGGUGACAAGAGGUUGUGUCUCUAUCUCGCGCAUCCGUCCGCGUAGCAUUUCUUCUGGAAAAUUCUUUCAACCAUUCAUACCAACCCAGUGUCAGUCCGGGUACGCAGCGCAAGAGCAAUUCCGAUAAUUUGAUCAAGAAAAUGUUUUCCAGAUGUUUUAAACCUGCUAACGUUAUACCAUAAAGGGAAGAGGUUUAUCUUUUAGCCGCGGACAAACGAAGGUGGUUAGUUUAGUUAAAGAUUAUGCAUUACAUUAACAAUAAGUAGGCACUGCGAACGCCUUUGUUGGGUCGGAAAAUCGUAUUGAACUGACAUUAGGCGUAUGAUGUUUACAUUCCGCCAAGAUGAGAAGCUGUAAGUGUUGGUGCUGCGUGAAAUAGGGCGAACAAUCGAAGGGAAAAGUGGACAGCGAACCGACGUGCUGCAGAUUUGUUUUAUCGUCCUCGACAAAAAGCGUAUUUUCCGUCCUUGACCGACUUGCGGUUUUGUACGAUAACUGAAAGACGCAUAGGUAACUGCACCUAAACCACAGUGCACCAAAUGUAAAAGAAGCCACAUCGCUGUUGCGUGAAACGUGCAUGAGAAAGUGGCCCAAAAUGUUCUAGAAGGAUUCCUUCUGCUCCGUAGAGAUACGCGCUGUGCGUAAUUAGUGUGGUUGCGUAUGGAACGGUUCAAUUUGCUUGCUGCAAAGGUGUGUGCUGCAGUAGUGUUAAAGUAAUAAAACACGUGAAAAUGUUAGUUUAAGUUAUAUUACGUGCAGGAACAAAAAAAAUCGUUAAAGUUUUAAAACAAGCCCCGGAACAGCCACGGUAGCGAAAGGUGGUGGCGUUCUGGCGGUUGGCCAGUACUGAAAGAAACAUGAACGACCACUGGGCCCGUUCCAGGGGUAGAUGUGCCAAACGGUCCCGUUUCGAUCAGCAGUUCGAUGAAGAGUUCGGUGCGUCGGAUGUGACCAGCACGUCAAGGUUUAUCGACAUCCUCGACCAGCUGGACACGAAGGUAGAGUCACUGCGCAAGGAGGCAAUGGUAUUGCGCGACAAGAAAGACUUUCUGGCCAUGUCGGUUGAUCUGCUUAAGAACAACGAGUACCUUACCGGACUGAACGAUAAUGAGCGUGACGAAAUUGAUUGCUACGUACAGCGAAUAAGUAGCCGGCUCGGUACGGUCGAACUGAACGUGUGUACCGUGCGCGAUCAGGCACAGGAAGAUUCGCUGCAUCACGUUAACAGUUUGAUCGAUGUGAUCAUCGCGAGCGCCGAUCCGGUGAUAUCGCGCCAAAAGUGCCAACAGUAUCUGAACGCGUGCAGCACCACGGAUACGAGCGUGUACACGGACGUCGAUCCUAACACGAUCUGUACGGACAAGAAGUUCGAGAGUGUGCUGCUCGGAUGUACGCUCGACGAUCAGAAAACGAUCAAGAAGCGGCUCCAGGCACUGCUGGUUUACCUUACCCAGCAAACAAUCGUCCAGUGAAGGAAAAGGCCGAACCGAACGCAAGGAGGGACAUUUGGGCAAACAGCAAAAUCGGGAUCAUAUGGGCGUGUUGGCAUUCCCAUAUGUUCCGAAGGGGGGAAAGAUUCGUCUAAGAGGGGGAACGGGAGGGGGAGAGGGGGAAAUUAAGAAGAACGAUGGACGGUAUGCAGCUGCAUCCGCAAGAGGAUACAUUAUUGCCACCAAAAAACCGCGGUUCCAUGGGGAGUUCUUUAUACUUAGCUAAACUGCUGUUGUCGCUCUAUAAUUCAAGUAUCUACCAUUAAAAAGAACGCAUAUUAAAUUGCAGCACAAACACAAUUAAAAGGGCACGCCAAUGGUGGACAACUCGCGGUAAACGCGACAUGCAUUUGCAUAACCCCCGUCCUAAGGUUUAUAAUUUUGAAUAAUUUCUCCAUUUUAAACAUUCGUCACAAGAUUCCGUGUCGCUCAUUUGAGGUAAGCGACACAAUGAAUGUGAUGAAAAAGAAAAGAAAACCAACUGCCUUCCCUGCUUGACGAGAAUGAUGACUGUGCCGUGUGCGUGUGCAUCUUUACUUACAGCUUAAAUUUUAUAUAUAGAUUUCCAAUAUUAUAAUGUUUGUUUUUAUAGCAAGAAAACGUGGUUUGAUGUUGCUGCGUAAAGCGUGUGAAUUUGUGUUUUGAUUUUACUUUCCGAUUGAUUCUCAUUUAACUUUUUCUCUUUAGUACAGUUUAGUUGUUCACUAAUACACUUAAAUCGAUGGAUUUUACGCUUCCAUUUAUUUUCUAAAUUAAAGAGUUCCCUCUUCACCCCGUUUAAUAGCAUUUGCAUAGACUCAUAUCUGAUUCAGUUAUUUUGGAAUGACUAGGAAGGUAGAACAUAUAGACUGGAACAAACGGAGGAGAUGUUAGAAGAAAUAAAUUUGCUAUUAAAUUGAAAUCCGAUACUAUUUAUUGGAAUAAUCACACCCGAAUCCACAAAACCACGUGUCAUCGUAUUACUAUAUACGUUAGCAAAGAGCUUAGUUUCAAGAGUUAGUUUGUUUGAUUGAUUUUUUGCUAGUAGUUUCGACUUAAGAAGGGUGAAAUUUAGGUACCGGAGCACAGGUUAUCACUGCCGCAUCGUUCUGACGGUGUUAUGAUGGGUUUAUAGACAUGACACUAAAUUUUACAAAUGGAAAGAGAAAAAACCCUUGAAAUGAAUCUGUGGUACGGUUCGCUAAGAUAUUCGGGUGGCAGCUAAUUUGUUAUGCAUCAGCUUUAAAUUCCAUACGGAAGUUCCUCAGUUUAGGAAGCUAGCUUGCUAUGCAGACAAAGCAGAACGGGAACAUAUUGUACCGCGUAUUGAAUGCCAGUAGGGAAGGAAAUAAUAGGACAUCGGCGAGAAGAAUAAACAGAUAAAUAUUUGAAAAUGUA